AGAAGAUGGCGGAGGCGGGGGUGAGUUGGGGGUCUCCUGGCGAAGCGCGGGUGACGUGGUGCUGAGGAAAGCGGCCUGAGGAGGAGGGUGGCCCUCGGGAAGAAGAACUACUUGUGUUUUUGCAGCCUGGGAACCCUGGUGGCAGGAUUUCUGGUAGGUCCUACUUUAGGACAAGAUGUGGUACUGUUGAAGCGUCAGUCUUUGAUUCACAGACAGUUGAGCUAUUCAGCUGGGAAGCCUUUCUUUUUUUUUUUUUUUUUAACGGCUUACUGAACCUAUGAAACCAUGGCAGAAGGAGAGACAAAGUCACCUGGGCCCAAAAAGUGUGGCCCAUAUAUUUCAUCUGUCACUAGCCAGAGUGUGAACUUGAUGAUUCGAGGAGUAGUGCUAUUUUUUAUUGGAGUAUUUCUUGCAUUAGUGUUAAAUUUACUUCAGAUUCAGAGAAAUGUGACGCUCUUUCCACCUGAUGUGAUUGCAAGCAUCUUUUCUUCUGCAUGGUGGGUACCCCCAUGCUGUGGCACGGCUUCAGCUGUGAUUGGGUUAUUAUACCCCUGCAUUGACAGACAUCUAGGAGAACCACAUAAAUUUAAAAGAGAGUGGUCCAGUGUAAUGCGGUGUGUAGCAGUCUUUGUUGGUAUAAAUCAUGCCAGUGCUAAAGUGGAUUUUGAUAACAACAUACAGUUGUCUCUCACACUGGCUGCACUAUCCAUUGGACUGUGGUGGACUUUUGAUAGAUCUAGAAGUGGUUUUGGCCUUGGAGUAGGAAUCGCCUUCUUGGCAACCGUGGUCACUCAAUUGCUAGUGUAUAAUGGUGUUUAUCAAUAUACAUCUCCAGAUUUCCUCUAUGUUCGUUCUUGGUUACCAUGUAUAUUUUUUGCUGGAGGCAUAACAAUGGGAAACAUUGGUCGACAACUGGCAAUGUACGAAUGUAAAGUUAUCGCAGAAAAAUCUCAUCAGGAAUGAAGAAGGCAAAAAAUAUCUUUUGUACAGAAAAACAAGAUGAAAAGGAUGUGAAAUGGUAGAUAUACCAACAAAACUUCAGACUGUAAAAUUGCCAGGAUGCAGUUUUUCCCUUGAUUGGCGUGUGUGUAUAUAUGGAUAAAUAUAUAUACACACACAUAUUACUGCAAUCUGUGAUUGCUUCAUCUGUAAAUCAGUUGCAAACCUUUACAUAUUUGACUUAAAUAACUGUAAGAUAUAUAUGUAUUACAUUAAAAAGUGUUGAUUAAUAGAUAAAAUUUUUAAAUUAAUUUUUUAAACAUGCCAUACAUUGUAUCACAAUGUUAAUGUGCCAAAAUAUUGUUCCUGUCAUGCAGAGUAUAAGAAUGCUUUGAACAAUUUGUAAACUUAGUGAAAUAAAAUAAGAGGAAAGCCAAAAACAAACAAACAAAAAGCAUAUGAGGAGCUGGUAUUUUCUCUUUAGCUUACUGUUGUGCCUUUUUAUUUUUCUAAUCACAGCAGUAUGAGUUAUGAGUGCCCUAAUUUGUGGUUAAUUUCUAAUUUAAUGUUGUUUCAUAGAGUUUGGAGUGUUUUGAUACAGGGUGAAAAUGAACUUCUGGUUUCAAACCUGCAUUACUGGAGACAGCCCAAAGAGUAAUUUUCUGUUUUGACAGAUUUUACUGGAAGUAUAUGUGAUGAGCAGAAGAGGUUAUCAGCAUUAAAUUGUUUUUGUUCUAGAUUUGGAACAGUAUAUAUAAUUAAAAGUAAGGACCAUCAGAGGAUUUAAUUAGAAUAAAUACAUGUUUUGGAAAUACAGUGACCUCUUGCAGUGCCACAAAAGUGCAAAGUGAUAUUAGCUGUCAUCUGCAAUACAGAAUCUCAUUGCUUUUGCACAUGGAGCAUAUAGGAAACUCCAAACAGAUCACAAUGAGAUUUCUAAUUCUGUUGGGUUCUGUCAUCUAUUGGGUUCUAUGAAGCAAACCACUGUAGCUUUAGCUGGGUUCAGUCAUAUGACUCAUUGUUAGUGGAAUGCCUAGUUUUUCAUCUUCAUGCAGUCUGGGGAGUGGAUGAAUACAUAAUUUCUUACGUAUUCAUGUAUCCAUUAGUGAAUAGUUCAAGUCUGUUUAAGAAUGUAUUGAGAUGGCAUUCUCUGCAUGUUAAAGAUCUUAGUGGCAACCAGCACCUCUUAAGUAUGGUUUAAACAUAUUCUUAGCUAAUUUUUUCCAUUAGUUUUUGAAAUUGAUGGCAGUUGUCUGAUCCACAAGGGCAAGAUCUUCUGAGUACUCUGGGGUGUGUGUAUGUGUGCACGCAUGUGUGUGUUGGAGUGAGUGAGAGAAUGUGUCUGUGCAUGUGGCCAUGCUUUCCUAGAAUGUCAAGUAGAUAUUUUUACACUUUGAGUUUUAAAACAAUUACUAUCAGACUGAGAUCUUGUAUGCCAAACUUUAAUCUGCUUUGAUGUUUUCAGGCUGAAGGUGUGAAAAUCCUAAGAGGAUUUCAUAUUGAAUAUGUGUACACAAUCUUAACUAUCGUGGUGGAAAACAUACUACUAUAAUUUAUUAUUAUAUCUUCCAGAUAAUGUUAUUCAUUUAGAACAAAUAAGGUAUAUUUUUUAGAAUCCACUUUGUAAGCACUAUAAAAUCUUUAAUAAGUUAUAAGGUCUAUGAUGUGUUUACUUUAAAAAUUGCUGUUAAAAGCAACAUGUAUUAAAUAUGUAAUUAUCUGGGCUAA